AUGAAUUCUACCGCAAAUAGCACCAGCCAAAUCCCCCCCAAUGGCAUCGGCGCCGUAUCUUUCACACCACUCCUUGCGCCAAAUGCUCUUUUCGUCACAUUAUUCACCAUUCUUUUUACUAUUCAAAUCAUCCUGAACAUUAAAUUCUGGCGGUUUUACGGCUAUGCUACCGGCAUGUUGGGCGGUCUCCUCUUAGAGAUGCUAGGAUACGUCGCCAAAGUCCAACUCUCCCAUAAUCGAGCCAACAAGAACGGAUAUAUCAUGUACAUCAUUGGCCUCACCCUCGGCCCUACCUUUCUGUCUUCUUCCCUGUAUCUCGGUAUAAGCACCUUGCAAAGACACUACAAAUCAGCCCGCCUCGCACGCAUCAGCCCUCGGCUCUUUGCCUCUCUCUUCAUCCUCGGCGACUUCAUAUGCCUUUGUUUCAUCGGUUGUGGAGGCUCUCUUGCCGCGAUAUUCGACACGAACCCCAUAGGCGUCGAUCUUAUGAUUGCAGGACUCGCAACACAAGUCUUGUUCACGGCAAUUUUCUGCCUUCUCCUCGCCAUAGUAUGCUUCAAGAUACACAAACAGCUUGCCGAGGACAAGAAGUUGGCAUACAUUGUUGAGCUCAAUGGAGGUUUCAACGGCCCCCUGUCCUCAAAAGAGGGUCUUUUCAUCGCAUUAGACUCCAUUCCCAUGGUUCUCAUGUCAGUUCUCUUGACAGUAAUACACCCAGAGUUUUGGUUCGACAACGGUCGCCCUCUCUCUGGGAAAGUAACCGAGGAAGGGCUUGAAGUACACAUUAAAGUCUGA